AUGUCUGAAAAUCGAAAUAUUGAACAUCUUCAAUUUUUGUCCGAAUUCUAUUUGAAUUUAAUCGAAUGCCAUCAAAUUCAGCUGAAAAUUUCGGAACGCGAAAUUUCGCAAAAUUCGAAAGCGAUGAAGAAAUGGAAUGAAAAUAAAGAGAAGGUAGGUUUUUUCAAUAAAAAAAUGUUAUAAUCAAAACUUCGACUGAAACUUUGAAUUUUUAUUCCUAAAAUCCACGGGGAUCAAAAUAAUUUCAACAAUUCUACAAAGUUUCAAAUUUGUAUUAGAAAAUCCACGUGGCAACUCUUUCCCUACAAAAGUCAAUUUUUUCUAGAUCUGUGAUCUCUACGAAUCUUGGCUCACUGAAUUACUCGCCUGCCAACUGUCCAGUUUUGAUGACGUGGCAAAAACCAGAUAUUACAUGAUGACAUCAGAUUGUUAUUGGUUUUUAGCAAAAAUGAACAAACCUCGUGAGUUUCUUUCCCUUUUUUCUAUGAAAAUUUAAUUACUUCUAUCUAAAAUUUGAAAAAAACCUUAUUUUUAGCACAAGCUGGUCGUCUUUCAAAUUAUUCUCAAGCUUGUGAGGCAAUCGAAGCACUCUUCAAAAUUCUCAAUGAUUGUUUGGAGCCAACAAAUCAAUUCUAUCAACAUGUUCUCGAAAAAUACGAGAAAUUAAUUGUGGACUAUAAAAAGGCAUUGGGAGAAAAUACAUUGAAUGGGAGAUCUUCGAAAACUCCAUUUGGAAUGAAUACGUGGGAUAUUUAUAAAUGUAGAGAAGCUAUGAAAAAUCUCGAAGUUCUUCAAUCUUAUCGAAAUCGAACGAGAUCUGAUCCAACUACUAGAAAAACAUCUGCACAAACUGCAUUGUCAAAUCAAAUUCAACAAUUGUCAAGAAUCAUUCUGAAUACGUUGGUGUAAAAUUUAUACAUUUUAUUUUGAUCUCAAAAUUUGUUGUGGAAUAAAUGUGAUAUUUUAUGAAGAACAACUAAAUAUACUGAUUCAGAAUAGAAAAUGAAUAACAUUGAAAGUGUUUAUAGAAAGCAAGUUGAAUAUUAUAGAAAUCAUCAAGGAAAUCAAGGCGAAUAA